UUUAGCACUUUUAAAGAAAUAGUGAAACCAAUGCAUGAGAAAGCAGGGCCCAUGCACAGCCUGGACAAGCUGGAGGCAUUGCACAAGGAAAAGAGCUUGGAUUCUCCGAACGGCAGUCUGCACCUGAGUGAUGCCGUAAAGGAUGAGGAGCUCAAGAAAGGUCUCAGAGAAGUCACGCCACCAAAUAAAUACAACUCUCAAUACCACAAGUUAUUCAAGGACAUUCCCACGGAGGAGAGUGUGCUAAAAGUCUGCUCCUGCGCCCUUCAAAGAGACAUUCUCAUCCAAGGCCGGCUCUACAUUUCCCCGAACUGGCUCUGUUUCUAUGCAAACCUUUUUGGGAAAGAUAUCAAGGUUGUUAUUCCUGUUGUCUCUGUCCAACUGAUAAAAAAGCACAAAACAGCCCGGCUGUUGCCGAAUGGACUAGCUAUUACUACCAACGCCAGCAGAAAGUACAUCUUUGUGUCCUUGAUCUCCAGAGACAGUGUGUAUGAUGUGCUACGCAGAGUCUGUACCCACCUGCAGGUUUCAAGCAAAAAGAGCCUGAGCUUGAAAGAACUGACUGAAGAGCCGGAUACGGUGUCGCUGGAGGUGAUUGUCCCAGAAAUAAAGUGGAGGAAGGGGUCCCCGGCGUCGCUCUCGCUGGCCCUCCCGGAGGCUGGGUUCCAGUGCAUCCACCGGGCUUCAAUCAGCAGCCUCAGCGCAAAGGAGAGCUCUUGCAACUCCGAGGAGCCUCUGGUAUCAGAAAGUGCAAUAAACACUGAAGAAGAGCUAGAGGUGGAGCAGACCUACAAAGCAGAGUUGAGACCCUCUGAUUACCAGCUGCUGAAAAUCUUCAUUGUGCUGAUCUGCCUCCUGGUGGUGUCCUCUUCAUACCUGGCCUUCCGCAUCUUCCGCCUGGAGCAGCAGCUCUGCUCUUUGAAUCGGGACUAUCUCUCCCGUGUACCCCGGAGGUGACCAUGGCCUCAAGCAGGACAGUGAUGGAGAAGACAGCACCUUGAAUCCAGAUCCUCACCGUGUCCAAGUAGUUAACAUGGCUGCCAUGAAGACUGGGCCGACGGAUACCUAGUUCAUACUUGAUGCCACUCCCGGACCAAAGCUCUUCAUUUCCAGCGGAGGAAUCUAGAGAGGCUUCCUUGUCGUUGUGACACUUGGCCUGCUAUGGGUCACGCAGACUCCACAGAAGCUUCUUUUAGACAGCUCGCGAUUGCAGCUUAGAGGUUUGGGCCCUGGGCUAGGGUUUGCACCUGGACGGAGGCUCUAGCCACAUCCUGAAAGGCCUCUUCAGCCUCUGAGGACAUUUGGGUCGCUUGCUCUCAAGAGCUCCAAGGAAAUGUGGAGUUGAGUUUAUAUGGCUUCUUCUGAGACACACACCCUUUAUUUUUUUGCAGAACUGCAGCAUCUUCCUGGGAUUCUUCUCCAGAAGGGCUGAUUUUUAUUUACCAGCAAACUAUCGAGGCUGGUCCAUGGUCAUAUCCAAGUGGAUAUUAGCAAGUUCCAGAGAAGUAUCUGGUUCCUCUUCUAGUAGGACCCCCUGUUCACAUGGCUACCAGUCCUUGCUGCUGGCUUUUCCUUAGUAGGGGAAUAAACACCAGAAAGCACUGCAUUUUUGCAGCAAUGAAAUGCACCAAUAAACGGAGGCUGGCUGGUAAAGAAUAUUCUGCGACAGAUGAGAAUCAAAGAAUUCUCUGCUCUGCCCGACCCUCUACAGCCAGUGUCAUGAAAUAACCUCCCUUAGGACCAAUCUUCUUGCACUAACAGGAUUCCUGUUCCCCAGGGAAUGCCCUCGGAGUGCCUGAAAAGCAACGGGAGUUGCUGUAGCAGUGUUCAGUUGUAAGGUGGCGGCAUGGACCCUGUGAGCUGUCAGGCAGGUCCUGAGCUCUCAUGAACCGGGACUGACUUGAAGAUAAAUUCCCUGAGGCAGGGAGAGUACGUGCUCUUGCAGUAGCAGAGACAGCGAGAGGGGGGACUUGCCCUUUAAAGCACUUUACAUGGGUCUGCCCCGAUUAAUCUGGGCCCUCGGCAGCUUGGUACUGGGGCACGACGACGAGAAACAAGGGCAAGGAGAAGCCAGAUGUAGCCUCCCUUUGUUCCAGGGAAGGGACCCAAUACUCUGAGGACAUCAGCUCUUCCAGUCUGAAUCAGUCCGAGACAAAUGAGCCGAGACCUGAGAGGCCCAGGCGCCCGUGUUCCCAUCCGUCACUCCGCGGCACGGCAGGAAGAGACUGCGCAAAUGAGCCCCGAAGAGAGCUGGACGUGUGGCCCUGGGCCGCUCAUCUGCACCGCCGACCAUGGAAGCCUCGUGUUGCUUGUACUGAUGGCUAGGGCUGUUUCGGAGAAGGCAGGCUGGCUGGCUCUCAUCAGUGCUGCUGCUGUCGCCACCCUGAACAAACUGGAGUUUAGGCCCUAGUGCAAGACAAUUGAAGUAGAACUUCCCUAGGAAGAUGACUCUGCUAGAGGGGAGGGUGAGGAGGCAGCAGCAUGCCAGAGCCGCACCGAAGAAAUGGCUGGGUUUGCCAGUCAAUAUCUCCGAGGUGAACUAAGGCAUGUGAGUGAGUGAAUGAAUGGCCCUCUGGCCUAGAGCAAACACUGGUGCUGUCCUGCGAAUUGUCUUGUAUGCCGCUCUUAGGAAUGGCCCCUUUCAGGAGGAAGGGAGCCCUGGCUGUGGGGCGCGAAGGGAUCUGGUGCUCCUCUUGGAUUGAGAGCGGGUUAUUAAAGAACUUCCUACUUUCAGGGAACUGCUCUGCUCCACACAGCUACCACAGACACCUC